GAGGAUGCUCCUCUUUCAAACCUGCAGCCAUCUCAGUGGUGGAAAUGUUGGAGUUGGGGAGGGUCGACUUUGAGGUGACAUUGACGCUGUGUAGAUGGGAGUGAGGAUCUUGCGCUCCAUAUUACGUCCCUGCUCGCUUCAGCUGAGACGGCGGCAGCUCUUUUCCCCGUCUUCUCUCCCCUCCUCUCUUUCAGCACCACUCCUUUAAGGACAGCACCUCGCAGUCAAAGACGCAUUUUGUCCACGCCAUCCUCUCGCCUCAGGAUCAUAUGUCUCUGGCUCUGCUUUCGUCGGAUUGAAAGUUUUCACACCGCUUUUCAUCUGUGAAAGUGCGGGGAGGAAACUUAUUAAAUUCGGAUUUCCCCGUUGGGAAAUAAAUCCGGAAAGGAAAAGGAUUGUAUUGGUCGCUGGAUCGCCACUAAGGUGCCUCCGCUUCUGUCCCUAACCACUGCCACUGCCCCGAUUAUUCGUCUCCGCUCGACAGCUGUCUGGGCGCUGGGUGAACAGGACGAAGAAGCUACUGCUUGUCUGGACCGGUGCUGAAACUCCCUCGCCUCCACUGGUCAGGACUAUCGGACACGCACAUUGAUCAUGGCCACCAACGGGACCAAAGCCUCGGACGGACACGUCUUAACGGAGACGGUGAAUGACGCGCCCACCAACACGCCAAACGACAAACCCAAAACCUUGGUGGUGAAAGUGCAGAAGAAAAAGGAGAUACCGGAGAGGGAAACGUGGGCUGGGAGAUUUGACUUUCUUCUCUCGUGUGUCGGAUACGCAAUCGGACUCGGGAAUGUCUGGAGAUUUCCUUAUUUAUGUGGAAAAAACGGAGGAGGGGCCUUCUUGAUUCCUUACUUUUUGACCCUCAUAUUUGCUGGCAUGCCUCUGUUCUUACUGGAGACGGCUCUUGGUCAGUACACUUCUAUUGGAGGGCUUGGAGUGUGGAAACUGGCUCCCAUGUUCAAAGGUGUGGGUCUGGCUGCUGCUGUUCUGUCCUUCUGGCUCAAUAUCUAUUACAUUGUAAUCAUUUCCUGGGCUAUUUACUAUCUGUAUAAUUCCUUCACUGCUGACCUGCCAUGGCAGACUUGUGGAAAUCCCUGGAACACUGAGCGCUGCUUUACCAACUACAGCAUUGCAGACAGCAGGAACUUAACCAGCGCUGUGGUGGAGUUCUGGGAACGCAACAUGCACCAGCUGACCGAUGGUUUGGAGAAGCCUGGGGAGGUCAGGGUCCCAUUGGCUAUCACACUCGCCAUUGCGUGGGUGCUCGUCUAUUUCUGUAUCUGGAAGGGGGUCAGCUGGACUGGGAAAGUGGUGUACUUCUCUGCCACAUACCCUUACUUUAUGCUGUUUAUCCUGUUUUGCCGUGGAAUCACUCUACCGGGUGCAAUGGAUGGGGUCCUCUUCUAUAUCACACCAGAUUUUAACAAACUGAAGGAGUCUGAGGUGUGGCUGGACGCUGCCACUCAGAUCUUCUUCUCCUAUGGGCUGGGAUUAGGCUCUCUGAUCGCACUUGGAAGCUACAAUCCCUUCCACAACAACGUGUACAGAGAUUCUGUCAUUGUGUGCUGCAUCAACUCCUUCACCAGCAUGUUCGCUGGCUUUGUCAUCUUUUCUAUCGUGGGAUUCAUGGCCAAUGUGACAAAGAGGCCUAUCGCUGAUGUGGCAGCCUCAGGGCCUGGCCUGGCAUUUUUGGCUUAUCCUGAGGCCGUCACCCAGCUGCCCAUCUCUCCCCUCUGGGCCAUUCUCUUUUUCUCCAUGCUGCUCAUGCUGGGAAUUGACAGCCAGUUCUGCACUGUUGAAGGCUUCAUCACUGCACUGGUUGACGAAUUCCCUCACGUUCUCCGAAAACGCAGAGAGAUCUUCAUCGCGGUUGUCUGCCUCGUUUCUUACAUUAUUGGACUGUCCAACAUCACACAGGGUGGACUGUACGUAUUCAAGCUAUUUGACUAUUACUCAGCCAGUGGAAUGUGCUUGCUCUUCCUCGUCUUCUUUGAGUGCAUCUCAAUUUCAUGGUUCUAUGGUGUGGACAAAUUCUAUGACAACAUUGAGGAAAUGGUUGGCUUUAGGCCCUGUCGGUGGUGGAAGGCCUGCUGGGUCGUGUUCACUCCACUCAUUGUGGCUGGAGUCUUCUUGUUUAGUGCAGUCCAGAUGGUUCCACUCACCUUGGGUGAUUAUGUGUUCCCUGCCUGGGGUCAGGGUGUGGGCUGGUGCAUGGCCCUUUCCUCCAUGAUGCUCAUCCCAGGCUACAUGGGCUACAUGUUCCUCACACUCAAAGGCACAUACAAAGAGCGUCUGCGGUUGAUGAUCAAGCCUUUGGUCAUGGUGAAGACUCAGGAAAAUGGCCCGGACCAGCAGACAGAAAACCACAGUCAGAACCCAGCUAAUGAGGAAGCCUACAUCUAGAAACCUUUGCCUUUCCCUGUGUCAACAGCCAGACUGGCAUUCUACGACAGAAAAGUGUAAUCAAGGUUGGGAACGACCACCAGACGUCCAUGUCUGCUUUUAUUCACCUACCUCCUGGGGACACGUGAGACCAACCUGAUUACACGGUUAUUUUUAGGGGUUUUUCUGUUUGUUUAUUUGUAUAAUACAGAAUUAUGGAACUUAAAAGGAAAAACAAACUAUCCAGCAAAGUUGUUGUGAUAUUAUGAAUUUCAUUAUGCAAAAAAAAGUUAGUCAGACAGAGACAUAACGUAGUACAUUACUCUCUCUUGAAUAUAUAUAAUUUAAAUUUGGCCCACAUUGAUUACAUAGUAGGUAUUGUGCUACUUUGAAGAUGAAUUAAUAUACUAAAAAUACAAUUACUGUACAAAGAAAAAAAAAAUAUCAGUGACUGCAUUUUGCUUGUACAUGAAUAAAUACGUUAAAUGAAUGCAGUGUCGUAGGUGGAGAAAUACAAUUUGAAGGUUUGUGAAAUUAAAUUUAAAUAUGGACCAAUGUACAAGAGGUUAGGACAAAUCUGCUUGUAUGUAGGACAUAUAUGUUAGCCAGACGAUCACCCCCUUGCAGGAUCCUGCAGUUUAUCUGAAGUGUUUACCACCCAUGUCUGGGGCAUCCUUUGAAAAGCACAAGUUAUGGAAUACGAAGCAUCCAGGUCUUUUUUCUUUCUUUCUUUCUUUCUUUCUUUCUUUCUUUCUUUAAUUUUUUUUCCUCGACUGAAACCUGUGGCAUAGCAAAAAUAACUUCCAUAGUAUUACAUAGCAAGAGACUGUUAUAAUUGUUUCUUUGUUUUCUAAAGAACAAUAACUUUGUAUGUCGUCUGAAUCUUUUUGUAGAAUAAUUGUAGGUCGUUUGCUAUGUGUGAGAGUGAGAAGGACCAAAUCAUACUCAAGUUUGAAAGUUUGGGGCAGACAUUUGACCCACUGACUAUAUCACUGGAUUAAAUCAAGCAUCCCCUUUUUCUCACUCUAGAACAAUGAGGUAGUAAAUGCAGCAUCCGCCUACAAGCACAAUUUGGAUCUGUAAACUACCACCUGUAACAAUUAGGGAGUAGCCAUUAUAGAAAUCCUGUGUUUGCACUGUGCAUAUGAUAUAUCUGGCUGUUAUUCACAAAAUGUAGAUUUUCCUUCUAAAAACCCAGUUAAGGGGAACAAAAGAGUUGUGUUGCAAUAAGCCAAUGCUAAUUCAGAUGUAUAUUUUAGACUGAAUGAGUUAGUUUCAGGGAUCUGCAUUGGAUUUUUGAUGGAUUUCUAUGACAGCUACCACUAUUCUAACAGGAACUGUUUACUUGUUUAUCUGCUUAGUAACCCAUUCCUCAGGAACAAAGGUGGACGUGACCAAAUUCUCUCAGAUACUACCAUUAUAUGCUGAAAUGAUUAAUGCUGUGUUAUAAAAAAAACAAAAAAAAAAAACGAGAAAUGUAACCAAUGUCAAUUUUACUGCCAUUUUCUCCAAUUUAUCCAAAAUCCUACAUUGAGCAGCGACAAAACACAACACACACAAAUUGGUAUAUAUAUGUACUUGGGCACCCUCGAAAGCUGAUCCAAAUAGUUGCCUCUUUUCUUUUUAUAUAUGCUAUUUGCUUAUAGCAUACUCUCUCUCAAUGUAAAUGAACUGUGAUGGCCCUCACUCAGUCAUAAUGUGUUUCUAUCCUGUGGCAAGUGCAGAUUUCCAGACUUAGAGAGAGAAACUUCGGUGCCGUCAAAGCACUGUUAACGUAACAGGACAUAGCCAGAUACUGUACAGGCCAACACCACUGAAUCUACUCCGAUAUACGGUAAAAGAAAACCUAUUAUUACAUAUCAAACUUUGUUUGGCAAUAUUGAGAAUUGUAGGAAGUGAUAUUAUGACAGACCACAGAUAUCCGUGUAUUCAUAUGAAGAAAGAUGAAGAAAAUAUACUUCUGUGGCAGCUACAUGCGACAGGAAUCCCGUUUAUUUUCUUUAAUUUAUGUUUUUUUUUCAAAGACGUGAAUUAAAAAUGUGCAAUGAUAAAGGGUUCUGUGAAUUUUGUACAAAGUUACCAUACUGCAGUUUUCUCUCUUGAAUGAUGUUGUAAACUGAACUGUGUAAUACAUGUAUCUGUGAAUGUCCGUACAACCUGAGUUUUUCUUUUACUUUGUUUAAAUGUUGAACAAAAUGUGAUAUUAUUUGCCGUUUACUGCAAUAAUAUUGUUAUCUCAGAAACUAAAGCACAUAUCUCUCUCAAAUGUAAAAAAAAUAUAUAUAAUUACAAUAACAACAUAGAGUAAUAAUAAUACAAAUUAUAAUGUAAUAGAAAUGUCUAGUCAGAGAAUAUUGUUUUGUAUAUUUUUAGCUGUUUCAUGGGCCUAAUGUAAAAUAUUCAAUGUAAAAAAAAAUAAUUAAAAUAAAUGUCCUUAGAUGGUGUUAUAUCAAAAAGCAUGAUUGCAAUAUAUGUUAUCUGCAAAAAUAAAUAAAGACUAUAGAUUAUAA